AUGGAUAACUAUCCCAACGCUCCAGAUGCUGGGCUUAAAUGUUGGCGAAAUACCAUGAUGCAGCGCUUCUUCGUUGCUGAAAAUAUUUCUAAUCGCAUCAUUACGUUUGCCCAACUGCCCCCUGGCACGGCCUCGGUCGCCGCCGCCGCGAGGCGCCAGAAGCCGCGCGAGCGCGCGCGGCCCGGCCCGGACGAGCCGGCGCGCCCGUGCGUGUGUAACCUCACACUCCGACGCAUGCCAAUCUCACCUGCUGAAUAUGACGCAUCUUUCUUCAUCACUUCGACGAGCCUCAGUGGACGUACAAAUAAGAUGGUUUAA